CUUUCCUCCAUCUCGUCGGCACCACCAUGAAUCUCCAACGCGCUCCCUAUGUCUGCGCCAAUUGCACAGCGCACAUUGGUCGCGCGCCUGUGCGUUGCCUUUCGCGUCGGCUUCCCCUGCGACCAAUUUGCCAGCCGCGCCAGUACAGCCAGGUGGUUCAAAAUGAUCGACCUUUCCGCGUUGCCGUGGUAGGGUCAGGCCCGGCAGGCUUCUACGCUGCAUAUCGACUACUCUCCAAGGUGGACCAUGCCAUGGUAGAUAUGUACGAGAAGCUUCCAGUGCCCUUUGGUCUCGCGCGGUAUGGUGUAGCCCCCGACCACCCGGAAGUUAAGAACUGCGAAGACAAAUUCACCGAAGUCGCUACAUCUCCACGGUUUAAUUUCAUUGGCAACGUUGAACUAGGCGAAACCCUCCCCCUCAGCUCUCUCAAGCCCCACUACGAUGCCAUUCUCUUCGCAUACGGUGCCCCGAAGGACAAAGAAUUGGGAAUUCCGGGCGAAAAGGCGACGCGCAAUGUCUACUCCGCUCGAGAAUUUGUCGGAUGGUAUAACGGCUUACCGGAACAUCGCGAUCUUGCCCCGGACUUGACCGCUGGUGAAAACGCAGUGGUCAUCGGGCAGGGAAAUGUGGCCCUGGACGUUGCUAGAAUUCUACUGUCAGAUGUUGAUGCUCUGCGGAAGACGGACAUCGCUGAAUAUGCUUUGGAGGAACUGGCGAAGAGCAAGAUUAAACGUGUCCGGGUGGUUGGCCGCCGAGGGCCAAUGCAGGCUGCAUUCACCAUCAAGGAACUCCGCGAACUGCUUCAAUUGCCGUCGGUAGCAUUUGACCCAGUACCCAAGGAACUCUUCCCUCCGGAAGACGUUAUGUCUGCCCUCCCAAGAGCACAGAAACGGCUGAUCCAGCUUCUUGCAAAAGGAUCGGCCAAUGACCCUACGACCUCUACCAAAUCCUGGGCUCUGGACUUCCUUCUAUCCCCAGAAUGCCUUCACUGGUCUCCCGUUCAUCCGUACCGUCUUUCCCACGUGAGGUUCGCGCGCAACGAGCUGGACCCUUCGGACCCAUUCCUCGCUAGCGCCAAGGUCACGCCCAAGUACCUAUCCAGCGGGAAACGGGCAGAGAUCGACAUUCCUGCAAACACUUUCUUCCGUAGUGUCGGCUACAAAUCGCUACCAUUGCCCGGCCUAGAGGAUCUAGGUGUCCAGUUCGAUGAACGACGCGGAGUGAUCCCUAACGACGGCUUUGGAAGGAUCACCACUCCCGUUAACACAGGUACUAACGAGCAGCUCCCUGACGGCUCCCUAAUCUCUCAUCUGCCAGGACUGUACUGCGCUGGCUGGGUCAAGCGCGGACCUACUGGCGUUAUUGCCACAACCAUGAUGGAUGCGUUUGCCACGGCCGAUGCCAUUGCUGCCGAUCUAAGUAGUCAGGGAGACAAAGCAUCUCUGCUGAACUCGCCCGGCUACAGCUCCGGACUCGGCUGGGAAGGCGUCCGUCCCGAAGCCGAAAAGCAUGGUCUGCGGCCAACCUCAUGGGAGGACUGGCAGCGUAUCGAUCGUGCCGAGCGAGAGCGUGGACAAGAGAAGGGAAAGGUUCGCGACAAGUUCGGUCGGGUAGCCGAGAUGCUCGAAGUCUUGUCAUGAUACGAUAUAACGAGUGGUUUAUAUAGAUCUGUACAGUAAAUAUAACUCUAGAAUCUCUCCGUUCAC